GGCGAGGCAGCGGGGCAAAGGGUGGAGGGAGGGGGCAGGAGCUGGGCCCGGAGGGCUGGGGUACCCGUUGGCCUGCAUCCCCCCCCCUCCCUUUUUUGUGCUGCUUUGAAUGGGACGGAAGGCGCUGGUGGGCUUCUGAGAAGACUUGUCGUUUCACCAUGGAGCCAUGGGUAUAUCUGGAUCCACGUCAGAGGGCCCUGUAUCGAGAUGUUAUGCAGGAGAGCUAUGAGACACUGAUGUCUCUUGCUGCAGACAAAUUGCUGAACAGCAGUAACAAUGACGAAGAGGACGAGGAAGAGGAAGAGGACGAAGAGGAGGACGAAAGCCCCGAGGAGUUGCGACCUGGCACCUCCCAAAGCAUCCCGAAGCGAGCCAGACCUUUAGCCAACCGGACCAGUCCUAAGCACCAGAAAAUGCCCGCCGUGGUGAAGAAGCAGGACAAAGCCACCCAGCGGGGCCACGCGCUGAAGAAAAGCCUGGAGAGCCGGUGUUCGGACUGUACCAAGUGCCUGACCAACCCUGGCAGGGGCCGGCAGAAGAGCGAGGCCAAUGCUGCUCGGGAGAAGCCCUUCCAGUGCACCGACUGCGGGAAAAGCUUCAUCUGGAGCUCCCACCUGGAGCGCCACCGGAGGAUGCACACCGGGGAGAAGCCCUUCAAAUGCCACAAUUGCGGGGAAGCCUACAGCCAGAACUUUCACCUCUUGCAGCACCGCUGCUCCCAGCUGAUCGAGAAGCCCUUCAAGUGCGAGGAUUGCGGGAAGCGGUUUGCCCAAAGCUCCGCCCUGGAGAACCACCGCAAGGGGCACACGGCCGAGAAGCCCCACAAGUGCACCGACUGCGGGAAGUGUUUCAUCUGGGCCUCCCACCUGGAGAGACACCGGCGAGUAUUAUCGGAGAGCUGCCCUUCCGCGUCCUUUGAAAAAGGGGAGACGACAGUCAGAGCGUACCACCUGGCCAAGCGACCGGGCGCUAACUAUUACAUGGGAGAGCGGCCUUAUAAUUGCCCAGCCUGCUGGAGGAGUUACGCUCAGAUCUCCGAAUUGGAGGAACACAAGAAGACCCACCUGGGCUGUGAGGACUGUGGGAAGGUCUUCCGCAGCAGGCAGACCUUGAUGCGGCACCAGCGGGGCCACCGCCGCGAGCGCACCCACCUCUGCGAGGAGUGUGGGAAAGGGUUUGUGUGGGCCUCCCACCUGGAGCGCCACCGUCGGGUGCACACUGGGGAGCGCCCGUUCCCUUGCCCCACCUGCGGGGAGAAGUUUGCCCAGAAAGUUCAUCUCCUUCAGCACAACAAGACCCACUCGCACGCGCGGCCCUAUAAGUGUGGGGACUGUGACAAGCGCUUUGGGGACAGCUCGGCUUUCCUGGCCCACCAACGGGGCCACGCCAUGGAGAAGAACCACAAGUGCCAGUACUGCGGGAAACGCUUUGCGUGGAGCUCUCACCUGGAGAGGCAUCAGAGAAUCCACACGGGGGAGAAGCCCUACAAAUGCCCGGAUUGCCCCGAGCACUUCAGCCAGACCUCCCAGCUCUUCAAGCAUCAGCGCAGCCACCUGGGCAAGAGGCCCUACAAGUGUAGCGAGUGCGGCCGGAGUUUCGGCACCACUCUGGAACUCCUCAUCCACCAGCGGACCCACAUGGGGGGCAAGCCCUACAGAUGCUCGAACUGUGGGAAGGGGUUCACCCGCCGGGCCAACCUCUUGAAGCAUCAAAGGUGUCAUGUCAAGGAGUCCCCCUAGGAGAUGUCCAGCCUGGUCCGGGGAAAGGGAUUGUCCCGUACCAAAUCUAAAAACCGCACGAUCAAAGUCCUUAACAUACGUACCGGUUAAGGGGAAGCUUCGGGGCAUCUCUACCUCUCAUGACAAUACCAGGUUAAGGAAUUUGAGGAAAUAUGGUGUACAUCCUCUAAAUACCUUGAUGGUUAGGUGUAGCUGACACCAGAUUUUUGGAAAUCGUAUCUAGGUAAAAAUGACCACGUACAUUGGAAACUGGUUCUGAUUUAGUGUCUAGAAAAAUCUGUUUGGAUGUCUUACUUUUUUCCCCCGUUGACACUGUGUACAUAUUUACCCCAGUUUCGGGGGAAAGCUUUACUGAUCAUCCCUUUAUUACACAUCGGAGGACUUGCCCGGAUUAGACCAACUUCUUUCUCUCGCUCCUUUAUCAUUUUAAACCCUUGGAUAACAAAGCUUUAACAAAUGCCGAAGACAGACCUCCAGACCUUAAAUGCCUGGCAGGUUGGCUCGAACCUGACCAGAUGGCUCGGGAAUCCACACGGAAGGGAGGGGAACGGAACUGCGUAGUCCUCUUGAGUGUGGAGGAAAAAGCUUUAUUGACUCAUUCAGCUCAAAGAAUCUGAACACUGGAGGCCCUGUGAAAUUUCCCUUGAGUGGGGCUGGUAAAUUGCAUUUCCCUAGUCCCGCGUGAGGCUGUAGUUACCUCGGCUGCAGCAAGAGCUAGCCAGACUUUGUUCUUCGUUUAGUGACUUGUGGAUGGAUGGGGGAUUUCAGUUGGUUUCUUGUGGUUCUGGGAGUCCCCGCUGCUCAGUUUCAGCUUGCCAGGUGCUUUGGGGGAAAGACAACCUUCCAUGCCCAGGAACUCCCAGCUGUUUCCUUCUCCUGAACUGGAGAAGCUGAGAGAAUGGAGACAAUCGGCUGAUCUGCGUCUCUGCUGUACAGACUGGGAAGGGAAUGUUGGGCUUACUGGAUGAUGUGUUUGGUGCUCUUAUCCCUCGGUUGGGGUUUUUCAUUUGGUCAAAGGCAUGGAUGUGUAAAGGGGAGUUAAGAUAACCACAGAAAUGGAGGUAACAGUGUGAAGAAAACCACCUGUCUCGGGGCAGGGAAUGCUGCAGGUGCAGGUGAAGGAUAGAAAACAGGAGGGACUCCAGGAGGAUUGAGCUAUUGGAGUGGGGAAGCAGUCACGUCUGUGCCUCUUUGGCAGGCAGCUUAUGGGUGGGGAAGUUAGAUUUGAAGCAUGAAGAAUACGUUGAGUUCCUAUUUGGGUGUGGGAGGGGUGUCACCAGGCCUUGAAAUAGGUCCUGCCCAAGCUGUGUAAGAAAAAAGAAAAGUCAGAUUUCUAAGUGGCGGCAUCAUCUUUCCAGGUACCCAGACAAACAGGCAACUGAGAAUUUUCUUGACGUGGCUUUAAAGAAAAUGAAACAAGAAAGGGUUGUUUUUGUUUUUUUGCCCUGAGAGAGAGACCUGCUUGGAUCAGAAAUGGGGGCAUCUGCUAUGCUUUUUUUCUUUUAGGGGGAGGGGGAGUAUGUGAUGGAGAGUUAAAAGAAGCAGACUUUGCGCCUAACCUCAAGAAAGGCCAGAAGGGGAAAUAAAAGGCAGCUAAAGUCUUUCAUUUCAGGGGAGAAUGGGGCUCCCCUUUUGCAGUGUAAGGCUAACUUAUGGGUUUAACUGCUGCAAGAUGGGGAGAGGGCUGGCUAGCUGGCUGGCAACUUUCCUCAGCCCUGCAGGUGAGUGGCAGAUAUUGCUGGAAAGGAGGGAGGCAGGUGAGUUGUUACUACUGAACAUGGCCGCUCCUUGGAUCUCUGUGUGAAAAGGAGAGGAGCAGAACCGGGGUUUGCGGCACAGAAACCUUCCCUGUAAGUUCUGGAUUGGGGGGGGGGGAUCUCUGAGAACUGUUGAACUGGCUGGCUGCCAUGCCCUCCCCUUCCCCCAAAACCUUUCUCCCCCUCUCUGAACACCUACCUCAGAAUCCUGCUUUCAGGAUGACAGACCGAAAGAGUCAGCCCCUCCCUUCAGAGAGGUCUGUGGAGGCAAGGCAGGCUUUCCCGGCUUGUGGAAAGAACGCUCUCCGCCGCCUCCCACUGGUGGCAACUGCUGUAUUACAUGCUGCGCUGCUGCACCUGUGGGGCUCAGAUCUGCCCUACUGUCUUGUCCCAGCAAGUCUGUUGGAGGUGGCCUGUCAGGGAUAGCCGGGUCUCUGGGUUCCCCUAGCAUUGGGUUCUCUGCUUCUGUGUCUGCCUCCGUAUUCUCCCCUCUCUGUCUCACAUGUUCUUCGACAGAGGCGCAUUUUUACUUUAUUGCUUUUUGGAGUAUCUGUUUUGAAACGACGUGUUUCCGUUUUUGUUUUGUCGUCCUUUGUUUUUAUCCAAAGCAAGUAUUGUUGCUGUCCCCCUCCUCUCCAUUUCAGGCUCUCUUCCUUUCUUUCCCCCACCUCCACUUUGAAAUGACAUAUAGAGAAAGACGUUUCUAAGCUCUGAUUCCUUUGUUGUUGGGUAGGAGUAAUAAAGUAAAAACAAAACAAAA